AUGAAAAACCAUACAGCACUAACAACAUUCAUCCUCUUGGGACUGACAGAAGACCCAGAACUGCAGAUUCUGAUUUUUAUAUUUCUACUUAUCACCUAUAUGUUGAGUGUAAUUGGAAACCUAACCAUCAUCUGUCUCACAAUAGUGGAUUCCCACCUUAAAACUGCCAUGUACUUUUUCCUCCAAAAUUUCUCCUUCUUAGAAAUCUCCUUCACCUCUGCCUGCAUUCCUAGAUUCUUAUAUAGUAUAGCAACAGGGGAUAGGACCAUAACCUAUAAUGCCUGCAUGAGCCAAUUGUUUUUUACAGACUUGUUUGCAAUAACGGAAUUUUUUCUACUGGCCACUAUGUCCUAUGAUAGAUAUGUAGCCAUCUGCAAACCCCUGCAUUACAUGACCAUCAUGAAUCAGAGAGUCUGUAAAAGAUUUAUCUUGGGCUGCUGGGUGACUACAUUGUUGAUCCUAUUACCACCACUUAGCCUAGGACUGGAGCUGGAAUUUUGUAAUUCUAUCAUUGACCACUUUCUCUGUGAUGCUAACCCUCUCCUGAAGAUCUCUUGCACGGAUACAUGGUUUAUAGAACAAAUGGUCAUUGCAUGCUCUGUAGUGAUAUUUAUUAUGACUCUUGUGUGUGUAGUUUUGUCAUACAUAAAUAUCAUGCGGACAAUUCUAGGGUUGCCUUCUUCACAACAAAGGAAAAAGGCCUUUUCUACCUGUUCCUCCCACAUUAUUGUGGUUUCUGUCACUUACGGCAGCUGCAUCUUUGUCUAUAUUAAACCUUCAGCAAAAAAUGAAAUGGCCAUUAAUAAAGGAGUAACAAUACUGAUUACUUCCAUAUCCCCCAUGUUAAACCCAUUUAUUUAUACCCUGAGGAACAAACAAGUCAAGCAAGCCUUUAGCGAUUUACUAAAAAGAGUCAUAUUACUCUCAAAGUACUAG